AUGGCCUUGGUGAUGAAGCGGAAACUUGUUUGUGCUGCCGCGCAAGAAGAUGAUGAUGGUGAUUCUGACAAUGAAAUGGUUGUCAAACCACCGUCCAAGAAGCAGAAGGACGUCGCCAAGCCGCCGGACAAAGCGGAAGCGGUGGAGCGGACGAAGGCUAACGAUUCGGUGACUCAAGCCCCUUCAGAAAGUCGUAAGCCGAAGAAAGAGAAAGAAUUUGCUUGGAUGGAUUCUGAUGAGGAGCAAGGCGAAGACGAGAAAAAGGAUGAGCCGGAAAAGCCCGUGGAUUCACCGAAGAAGACAGAGAAGACAGAGGAUGCUUCUGGAAGUGAAGAUGAGAAUGCAGACGUAAGUGCUGCCACGUUGGAUUCUGUGCAGACAUUUGGGAGAAUGAUGGUGCUGUCUCCUGCCUUGCUCAAAAAGAUACCAAGGAUGCUUCCUGAAGAUGUUGCGGCGGCUUGUAGGGCUCUUGCGCGAACCAAGUUUUUCGACGGUGAUAUCAACAGGGUUCUUUACGGAGUGCUGAAGAGGCUACUGUUAAGAGACAGGUUAACGGUGGAGCAAGCUGAUGAUGUGCUCAAGUGCUUUGCCAGUUUGAAUGUCUAUGAUGAAAGCGUUUUCAGUGCAAUUGCCAGACAGAUGAAGGUUCGAACUGCUUCGAUAGAUCAGGCACUUCGAACCCAAUGGUACGAUAUCUACAAGGGCUUCAAUCACAGUGGAGACAAAGAUUUCUACCAACUGCUGGAAGUACCGCACCUGACAGCUAUUAGCCCAGCGUACAAAAGGCUGCGGUGUUUUCACAACCAGAAUGGAAAUUGUGCCGUGGGUGAUGCGUGCACCUAUUCCCACGAUCCGAGAGCUCCCAUCGAGUUGGAGUCCUCCUUCGUUCGGCCAGUCUCCAAGGUGAUGAUGACGCAGACGCAAUCCAACAUGGGCCAAGACAAGCCCAAAGUCUUGAGGUUCAGGACCCAGUUUCUGGCUGUUCAGAUAGGCCGAUUUUACAUGGCCUCCAAAGUGGCCCUGGCAGUGGCCAGGAGGCCGCAGACGCCAUCAAAGCAUUGGCGCCGCGGCAGGUGCGCAGCUGUGGCUGUGCUGUGGGCAGAUGGCUGGGCACGCGGCUCAGAUUUCCAGGGCUCCGGCCGACGUAACCGUAUGGCCACCGCGUGGCUUGGCCCCAUCUUGCAAGCAGCUCGUGUUGUCGGCCUGAAGCUCGGCCCUGGGGGGCAUCGCUUGACGACCAUGGCGACCAUUGCUCGCCGUGCUGCUGUGCUGCCCAUCGACAGAUCUCAAGCUGCUACUCGCAGCAGAGUCGCUCACAGGUUGUGGCAUCCACGUCUGUUGCAGGGACUGCUGAGUUAUGCAGCCUACUCGCUGAGACGCCAACGGGAUGCUUCAUCCAUGGCCUUACCAUCGGAUGCAGAGGAACUCCGAAGGCAACUGGAGCAGCUGUGCCCCGCUGCGCACGACGUGCUCAUUGACGAGAGGAGUUUCUACUUAGCGCAGCAGGAGCUGAAGGGCUUGGACUUGUUCUGCAGAAUUCCUUAG